UAGAUAACUUGCUGUAGUUUUCUUCAUUUAAAAAUGUAACACAUAAACGACAUUGUGUUGAGACAUUUCACAAACUAUUGAAAACACAAUUAUUUACGUUAAAUAAUAGCGACAUUAGUGCUAAGCCCAAACUUUUUUUUUUUAUUUCUCUUGUUACCGACAGCAAAUGGAGAAUAUCAAAAACAGUAUAGGAAAAUAUAGGAAAACAACCAUAAAUAUUUUGUUUCUCCGUGGUUUGUGAAAUGUAUAAACACACAUUUAGAUAUUAUUAUGGUUGGGAAGUCAAUUGGGUUUGCAGUCACAGUGAAAAAGACUAAUAAUUUAUUUUUUUCUAAAAAAAAGAUCUUCUUAACCAUAUUAUCUCCAUUGAACUAUUUCUUCACCAUUAGAUAUUAUUAGUUGAAAAACUGAGACUUCUUCUAAUAUCUUAAAUGUUGACUGAGGACAUGAGAUUUUUUUUUGUUGUUGUUAUUUUACGUUUACAGCAGUAUAUAACUUUUACAUCGUCACGGAAUAUGAUGAUCAUCCAAACUUAAAAUAAACUGUAGUUUCAGUCCGACAAGUUCGGAACGAAUAUUCUAGUCAAACAUGUUUAUUAAAACUAUUCGAAUUCCGUUUUAACCUUUGCAAAUGUUUUCCUUAAACUAGACUCAGAUUAGAUUGGCAGAAUUAAAAAAGGCAACAAAACAAAUCUUUAUAUUACAUUAAUUCGGUUUCCUUUUGUAAUUGGUAUCUUGGCUCCUAUUGUAGAUUCGCUAAUUAGUUUUUGGCAGUGAUCCUAUAAACAUUUUGUGCUAUAUGGACCUUCUUGAAACUCUUUCAAACACCCUAGUUAUUUUUUUUGUAUAAUUUCGGGAAAACUUUUUUGACUUAUGAUGGGAAUUAUCGGAUGGUUCUCAUUGGCAAAGCGGACAAAUCAAUGAAUCUGGUAUUGAAAUUUCAUAACAGCUGUCAUUAAAAUGUAAUUUCUGAUGGAGGCUAAUAUUUGAUGUUUCAUAAAUUUUACUACAGUCGUAAACCUGUGACUUCUUGUCCUACGGUAUCCCUCGAUACACAAUAUAUUCCAAUCAUCUCUUUUGAACAAAUCUGCUUCCCAGAACUCCGUUUGGACAAACGUCUUAUUUGAAAUCAAGGCUUAAACGACAAUAAACUGCUUGACGUUUCCGUCUCCUCCAACACUUAUAUUGACUCGGCUUUUAAUUAAUUAUUAAAGGUUCAUUUACAUUACUAUAAUAGGCACUACACGGACUUGCGGAGUUGAGGUUUAAUUCUCUACCAAACCAUCGAAUUCCUAUAGUUUCCAAUCCUUGGAAUCCGAACUUCGUAAAAUCCUUACUGCUCUAUAUUUUGUCACAUAUAAAGUCAUUCAUAAAGACCUUAAUGUUUCAUGUGUCGCUGAUUUGGCUCGGUUCAAAUAUCUAUAUUUUUAUGAUAGACUUCAAACCCAUUCGAACCCACUUGUGUCCAGCCCUGUUUCUUCCUGACAAUCCUCCUAGGCGUCUGUAAAGAAGAUAGCAUCAGGAUCUUCUUACUUAAAACUAUUUAGGAAAUGCUAUGAUUGGAUGGUAUCUAUACAAGUCUGUUCGUGUUAUUAUUGCUCAUUUUUUUCCCAUUUACUGGUUGUAUUUAUUUAAUGAAAUUGUAAAUUACAAUAAAUAAAUAAAAAUCUUAUUUAAUUGUAAUUAACAAUUUUUUUUUCUUUGCUUUUGUAGUUGAUAUGUAUGAUGUGGCUUGCCGUUUUACUGGCGAUGCACGUUGGUGUUUCCUGUUCUCACAAUUGCUGACCGUGUGAAAACUCACGAUGUGCAAUCCGGAAGCGGCAAAGGAUGAUUUCCUCCUGCCUUGAUUUUCGGUUUGAUGUGUUCCACGGGAUACAAUCCUAUUUGAUUUCUUUUUCUUAGCGCUGCUGUUGACCCAGUUCUCACCUUUUUUUCCAACCUUAUCCUGGUCUCGAUUUAUUCCAUUCAUUCCAUUCAUGCCGCAAUGUGGUGUGACAUUGAUUGCUAUUUUAUCUUAAUCUUCCUUGCUUAUCUCUUAGCGAUAAUCGUUUAUUUAUCAGAUUAGUGAAUGACUAACAGUAGGUUUUUGUAUCUUUAUAACAGUAUUAAGAGAGGACAUAAUUGGUAAUUGGUUGACUGUCGUGGAUAAUGAAGAGAAGAAUAGUUGGGGUGGUCAGUCAAAAAGGAAGGCAAAAAUAAAUGAUAAUAUUUAUUUUUUACAUAUGCCGACGUUUCGACCUGAAGUUCAGGCCUUCAUCAAGGCUAAGAAAAUAACCAGAUAACAAGGUAUGAGAAACAUAAGUAAUGAUGGUGAAAAAGAUAAUAAAAAAUAAAGAAAUAAAAUAAAAAAAUUAGAAAAAUAAAAUAGAUAAAUAUAAAGUAAAAUGAAAUUGUUAGAAUAAUGACUAAGAACUAAGAUAUAAAUAAUAAAAACCGUUACAAAGUGUGGAAUGAUGAAGUAGGCAUAAUCAAAAAGGGUGACAAAAGUGUUACAAUGGGAAUCUUAGAAUAAAAUGUAAAACAUAAAAAAGAAAUAUGAAGUUAUAUAAGAAAUGAAAAUAAAUAGUAAAAUUAAAACAUUGAGAAUGGAGUAGUUGGAUAGAAAAUUGAGAUAUUGUAAAGAUGUACAGACAAUGUAUAAUAUAAUAAAGAGUUAAAAACAGAGAAAAGGAAUGAAAGGAAGGAGGGAAGAAAUUGAGAAAGCUGAAAUAAGAAAGAAAUAAAAGAAGUACUACCUGUCUCCUUAAGUGUCGCAGGGAGAAUAAAAGUCGUUACAAGGGAGGGGGAGAGAGAAGAGAUGUGUAGCUGGCGUCAUCUCUAACGGUUAUCCGACGAAGUUUGAACUAAAACGCUGGAAGCGUAAAUAGGCACGAGAGAUAUAUUACUCAGAAAAAUUAUGGAAAAUUGAACGAAAGUUAAUAGAAAGUGAAAGAAAAAUUCAAAAGAAAAAUAACUAUUGAGUAAUAAGGGAGAAAAAUUGAAAUAAAAAUAUAUCAUAUAACAUAUAUAUAUAUAUACACACAUACAUAUAUACACACACACACAAAUGUAUACAUAUACACACACACACGCACACACACACACACACACAUAUAUAUAUAUAUAUAUAUAUAUAUAUAUAUAUAUAUAUAUAUAUAUAUAUAUAUAUAAGCUGUCAGCAAAAAGGAAAGGAAUAUAGCUAUGGAUGUUUUAAUAAAUUCAGAAUUUGGGAACUUCUCAUACCUUGUUAUCUGGUUAUUUUCUUAGCCCUGAUGAAGGCCUGAACUUCAGGUCAAAACGUCGGCAUACGUAAAAAAUAAAUAUUAUCAUUUAUUUUUGCCUUCCUUUUUGACUGACCACCCCAACUAUUCUUCUCUUCAUUAAGAGAGGACCAUUGAUGACUCUCGGGUUUAAGCGAAACAAGGCCCCUGGAAGUUUAUUAUAUCUGUUCAUCCUCCAAAUUCUUAUAAUCGACUAUCCAACAAUAUAGCUUGUUUUUUAAAACUACAUUUUAUUUAUAAACUGCCAGAAAUGGUCUUGUUUUUAUUUGAGUAUUAAAGUCUGCUCGGAUGUAGCGGACAGAGAUUUAUCUGCGCGGAUCUUGGUACGACUCCAAAACGGGACAGCGUUGUCUGUGCGGUCAUAGAAAUAGAAUUAAUUGCAUACCAAGAAAAAUAACAAAUUUUUGUCUGAAUUUUCAGAAUUACAAAUUAAUAAAGUUUCAUUUUUUUUUUUUUGUUGAUGUGUGCGUUUAAGUAUAGGUAGUUUCUAUCAUUAUAAAUGUGUCCUGAUUUGCGUACUCAUAAGAGCUUUUUAAUGGCCUUCUCUUGGUAUCUCUGGUCUAAAUAAUCAUUUAAAUUGGUUAGAAACUUAUUUGUUUGUUACACUCAGUGAGGAAAUAUAAAUAAAAAAUUUAAAAAUAUAUUUUAUUUUGUACCGACGUUUUAGCUAGUUAAUCAUAGUAAUCAAUUAAUUUGAAUUAUAAUAAUAAAAACUAUAUCACAGAACUGUUGAAAACGACAUCAGUACUCCAAUUCCAACCUUUAAAUCAAAAUACGAGGAUGAAUAACCGAGAACUGGCUGAUUUCACUUAUUUUAGUGUAUCCGUUUGUAACGGAUUAUUUUUUAUAUUGUAACUGAUUAUAUUAUGUUGUAACUGAUAGUCCAAUGAUCGAGCAAAAAUAAACGGAUAUGCAAAAAAAAAGUAUUCUAAUAACAAUUUUUAGCAAACCGUGUUUUUUUUUCUUUUCAUGCCACAAUGUACAAAUCCCUAGCAUCGAAUUAUCUUCUUAUUCAGGCUUUAUUAAAUCAUUGUUUUGCAUAGAACAACUAUUUAAAUAAUUUCAAAUAUUAUUGUUAGUUAAAAAAAAAAAAAAAGACGGCGUAAAACCAUAUUGUGAAAAUUGAGUAAUUAGUUUAUGUGAAAUUUAAUAUUAUAUUUUUGUACAAUUAAAUUAAAUUUAAAAAGCUAUAUUUUGUGAAAAGAUAUGCUAGUUAUUCCAAUUUUUCUUGGCAGUGAAGAAAAUUUGUUUCUCUAAAAACAAUAUUCAAAAACCUGUUAUUUCCAUAACCGGUUUCUUUCCAAUAACUGCCAUUCUUACUUUAAAGCCUCUUUAUAUCCCAACUACGUUUUCCUAUUAUACUAAUCAAAAUUACAAAAACAAAUCUUGCUUACUAUUAGACUUCUAUUGUAUAUAAUUGUAAUUUCUAAUUUACGUAAUGGUUCACUUAAACAAUUAGAAUUAAAGUUCCGUAUGCAUUUUCUAAACGAAUUGAUAUGAUGUGCAAACUUUACAUGAUAUAGAUACUUUAGUUUCAUUUUAAUUACAAUGUAACUUUUAAAGUGUAAAAAUGAAUGCAUCUGAUGGGUUUCGUUAUUUGAAGUAAUUAAUUGAUUCCGCUAAUUUCAUAUUCAUAUGAUUUCUUUUUUUUAUAGAGUAUUGCUCACGUUCGUAUACUUGUAUCUAUCAUAUAAAUACUUUGAUAAGUAGUUAAAUAAAUUAGAAUAAAAUGAAGAUUUAUUUUUCAGCUUACCAGAAUUAUAAUAAUACGUUUGGGUGAUUGACGCGUGUGGCCGCUUACCUUGAAGCUCUAGUUCAGUCUGCUUCCUGAAUCCAUCAUUCCAUCACCCGUUCUCAGGAGACCCAUUAACCAAAGUAUAUUUCAACACUAUUGGAACAAACUGAGGGCUAGCAGACAAUAGUUUCCAUGUCCCGAUGAUAAGAGGUUCAGCGUCUCUGCCAAGGUGAAAGGUUGCGAAAUGGCAACUAUAGAUGGUCGGCCAGCACAAUAUGGCAUCUCCCUCAAGCAGCUGCGUGAGCUCAUGGAGCACCGUGGCCGUGAGGGAGUUGUCAAAGUUCAAGAAUUUGGAGGUGUUCAAGAAUUAUGUAAAAAAUUAUACACCUCUCCUAGUGAAGGUUUAAGUGGAAGUCAACCUGACCUUGAACAUAGAAGGGAGACUUUUGGCUCAAAUACAAUACCUCCUAAACCGCCCAAAACAUUUCUUCAGUUAGUAUGGGAAGCUCUUCAAGACAUUACGCUUAUUAUUCUAGAAAUAGCUGCUCUUGUUUCAUUAGGACUAUCACUUUAUCAACCUGCAGAUGACAAAGUGUUAGAUGAAGAUGAGGCGAAGCAUGGUUGGAUAGAAGGAGUUGCUAUUUUAAUAUCAGUUAUUGUUGUUGUACUUGUUACUGCGUUUAAUGAUUAUACUAAAGAAAGGCAAUUCCGUGGUUUACAAAGCAGGAUUGAAGGGGAACACAAGUUUUCUGUUAUCAGACAAGGAGAAGUAAAACAAAUAUCAGUAGGAGACAUUGUUGUUGGGGAUAUUUGUCAGAUCAAAUAUGGUGACCUCCUUCCAGCUGAUGGAAUUUUGAUACAAAGCAAUGACCUAAAGGUUGAUGAAUCCUCAUUAACAGGAGAGUCUGAUCAUGUCAAAAAGGGUGAAUCAAGUGAUCCUAUGGUGCUUUCAGGAACUCAUGUUAUGGAAGGAAGUGGAAAAAUGGUUGUAACAGCCGUCGGUGUCAAUUCUCAAGCUGGUAUAAUUUUUACUCUUCUUGGAGCUGCUGUAGAUGAACAGGAACAAGAAAUUAAAAAGAAACGAAAAGAAGCUAAAAAGAACCGCAAGAAGAAGAGUUUAUCAGGUGAUGAAGAAGCAGCAGUUACUGGAAACAGUCACAUGGUAAGUGGUAUUGGCGUAGGCUCUGCAACUGCCCAAGGCAGUAGUGAUGGUUUUGCUCAAAAGAAAGAUGAAUCUUCAGAUGACCACAAAAAGGAAAAAUCCGUACUUCAAGCAAAGUUAACAAAAUUAGCUAUUCAAAUUGGAUAUGCAGGAUCAACUAUUGCUGUUUUGACUGUUGUUAUACUGGUUAUUCAAUUUUGUAUAAGGACAUUUGUGAUUCAACAAAAACCCUGGAGCAAUGUUUAUGCUGGUGAAUUCGUUCGUCACCUGAUUAUUGGUGUUACUGUCUUAGUAGUAGCUGUGCCUGAAGGGUUACCAUUAGCUGUGACAUUAUCAUUAGCCUACUCUGUCAAAAAAAUGAUGAAGGAUAACAAUUUAGUUCGACAUUUGGAUGCUUGUGAAACUAUGGGAAAUGCAACAGCUAUUUGUUCUGAUAAAACUGGGACCCUCACCACAAAUAGGAUGACAGUUGUUCAAUCAUAUAUCUGUGAAGUUUUAAGCAAAACAACCCCAAAAUUUUCAACUAUUCCAGCAAGUGUUGGUAAUCUAAUUAUUCAGGCAAUAUCUGUUAAUUCUGCCUAUACUACACGUAUAAUGCCUGGUGAUGAUCCAAAUGAUGUUCCUAAGCAAGUUGGUAAUAAGACUGAGUGUGCUUUACUUGGUUUCGUACAAUCAUUAGGCAAAAAUUACCAAACCAUAAGAGAUGAUAUUCCAGAAGAAGUGUUUACUCGAGUUUAUACCUUCAAUUCUGUUAGAAAAUCAAUGUCCACUGUUAUUCCAAGAUCUGGUGGAGGUUUUCGCCUGUUCACUAAGGGGGCUUCAGAAAUAGUUUUGAAAAAAUGUGCAUUUAUUUAUGGACGUGAGGGCCAUUUGGAAAAAUUUACUAGAGAAAUGCAAGAAAGGUUAGUGAGGAAUGUUAUUGAACCAAUGGCUUGUGAUGGCUUGAGGACUAUAUCAGUAGCUUACAGGGACUUUGUACCUGGAAAAGCUGACAUAAAUCAAGUUCAUAUAGAUGGUGAACCCAAUUGGGAAGAUGAAGAGUACAUAACCAAUAAUUUAACAGCUCUGUGUGUUGUUGGUAUUGAAGAUCCAGUUAGGCCAGAGGUACCUGAAGCUAUUAGAAAAUGUCAGAGAGCUGGAAUUACUGUUAGAAUGGUUACUGGUGAUAAUAUUAACACAGCAAGAUCGAUUGCUACAAAGUGUGGCAUUGUUAAAGCUGGAGAUGAUUAUUUAAUUCUUGAAGGAAAAGAAUUCAACAGAAGAAUAAGGGAUUCAAAUGGAGAUGUCCAACAACAUCUGAUUGAUAAGGUUUGGCCAAAACUUCGGGUCCUUGCUCGUUCUUCACCAACUGAUAAAUAUACCUUAGUCAAAGGUAUCAUUGACAGUAAAAUCAGUGAAAGUCGUGAAGUUGUGGCUGUUACUGGUGAUGGAACAAAUGAUGCUCCAGCUUUGAAAAAAGCUGAUGUUGGCUUUGCAAUGGGCAUUGCAGGAACAGAUGUAGCCAAAGAAGCUUCUGAUAUUAUUUUAACUGAUGAUAAUUUCAGUAGUAUUGUCAAAGCUGUCAUGUGGGGAAGAAAUGUGUAUGACAGUAUAGCAAAGUUUUUGCAGUUUCAACUUACUGUGAAUGUUGUUGCUGUAAUUGUCGCAUUUAUUGGUGCUUGUGCUGUUCAAGAUAGUCCACUUAAGGCUGUGCAAAUGUUAUGGGUAAAUCUUAUUAUGGACACGCUUGCUUCUCUUGCUCUUGCAACUGAAAUGCCGACAUCGGAUCUUCUACUUAGAAAACCAUACGGCCGUACUAAACCACUAAUAUCUCGAACAAUGAUGAAAAAUAUCCUGGGUCAAGCAAUUUAUCAAUUAGGAGUUGUAUUUUCUCUUUUAUUUAUUGGUGACAAGAUGUUAGAUAUUCCAACAGGAAGAGGAGCAGAAUUUGGAGCUCCACCAACAGAACAUUUUACAGUUAUUUUCAAUACAUUUGUUAUGAUGACAUUAUUUAAUGAAAUAAAUGCUCGCAAAAUUCAUGGUCAACGUAAUGUAUUUGAGGGAUUCUUUACCAAUCCAAUAUUUUAUUGUAUAUGGAUUGGGACAGUUGCAGCUCAGGUGUUCAUUAUACAACUUGGAGGAAAAGCUUUUUCAACUCAUGAACUAAGUCUAGAGCAGUGGAUGUGGUGUUUAUUUUUUGGUGUUGGGACACUCUUAUGGGGUCAAAUUGUUACUACUGUUCCAACAAGGAAAAUUCCAAAAAUACUAUCAUGGGGACGUGGUCAUCCAGAAGAAUACACAGAGGCUAUUAACCUUGGCGAAGAGAAGUUUGAUAGUGACAGUGAUAAGAAACCAAGAGCAGGACAGAUUCUUUGGAUUAGGGGCUUGACAAGACUUCAAACUCAGGUGAUAGGUGGUGAAUUGCAAGAGCGUUUGAUUCCAGUUCCCUACAGCAAGAGCUCCACUGACCAAGCUAUUCGAGUAGUAAAUGCUUUUCGCCAAGGUCUUGAUGCAAGGUAUGGGGAAUCGUUCGCAGAGGUGCUCAGAAAGCAGACUGCUUUGAAUAAACGUCUCUCCCAAACCUCUUCCAUUGAAUAUGCUGAUAAUGUUAAUGAUGAGUUGAUGAUUCCUGAGAUAGACGUUGAGAGAUUAUCAUCGCACAGUCACACAGAGACAGCAGUCUAGUCACGUAUUUAUAACAUCACUUAAAAACACUGUUGCCUAAAAAAUUAAUUAAAAUAAAUGAAAAAAAAAAACAGGUCCUAAUCACCCGUUGUUGUUUGUUCAAGGGUAAAAGGCUCUGCGCAUGUAAUUAUUGUACAUUUUAUAGUCAAUAACUAAUAUGUUGAUUUAGCAAAAAGUAUUUUAGUUAAUUAGUAAGCUAAAUUAAGUAGUAAUGUCUAAACAAUGCUGCCUCUAUUUAUAUUGAUUAAAAUAAAGAAUGCCUGAAGGCCUUCAUUCUUUCAUCUUACUGAUCAUUCUCUCUGUUUUAAGUAUUACUAUGAUAGGUAAAAGACAAUGACAUUUCUGAACAUUUAUAAAAUAGCUGAAUUUGGUACAUUACACAUUUAACAUAAAAUGAUUAUUAAUUUUUAUCAUGUUUAAGGAUUUUAAAGUAUGUUAACUAUAGGGAGAAUGAAAAGUAUGUUUAUUAUAAAUUUUAUUCUUAAAAGUAUUCUUGGAUUAAUUAAGAUUGCUUGUAUUUACAUAUAGAUUUAUUAAGUCUUUUUCUGCACAUACAUUUGGCAAUGUAUGUAAAAGUGAAAACAUUAGUGUGAAUCUAUACCAAACUUUAAAUGAACAUUUUUUAUUUAAUAAUGUGUAAAUAAUGUUUUAGAUUUUAAAACAUUAUGUACAUAAAACAUGUUGAAUGUGUCAAAUUGUUUUCUAAAAUAAAAUUUUUAGAAAUCGCUACUAAAAUUAGUUGGCAAUAAAUUUUGAUAAUAGGUUGUUAUAAACUCAUUUUUGAGGCAUUUAAAUGUACAUUUGAAAAAAAAAAUUAAAUUAAAAGGAAGAUAAAGUCUGCCAUUUUGUUCUGACCUUAACGACGUUGUUCCACAAGAAUAAAAAUGUAUAUAUUAAAGUAAAAACACCUAGUUAAGUAUUAUUUUUCAAGUUUCUUAAAGACAUUGAUGAAUAAACUUCAUCAUUCCUGAGUCAUUGUUAAAAAUAUCAGCUUAAUACACCAAUGGUUUUAUGAAACGGAUCAUUUAAAUUAUUCUUGUGGUUGUUGUAAUGGGGAACAUAGUGUCUUAGGUAAUAUAAGAAAAACUAUACUAGCCUCUAUCUUGGAGGGACUUUCCUUAUAAUAAUAAAUAUGUAAUCAUUAUGAACUGUUUUUUCAACCAUUUGUUGGGUGCUUCUAUUUUGUGCCAUGCGAAUAUUUCUGCCAAAGAUUUUUGAAUAGGGAUGGAGGACCUAUUUUGUUCUAUAUAUCACUGGCAAAGUUUUAAUAAAUAUUUAUUCCAAUUUAUCAAUAAGUAGUAUGUGUUUGUAUCAUAUAUAUACACAUGUAUAUAUGCAUGUAUAUAUAUGAGAACAUUCACUCAUUCUUAUAUACACGUGCUCGUGCACAUGUGUAUAUGAACGUACAUACUUAUACAUCAACAUAAACACACAAAUACACCAACACAAACUGAAAACAUACACACAGACACUACACUACACAAACACAUACACAAAUAUACACACAUGUAUGUAUGAAUGAAUUUAUGUAAAAUUGAGAGUGAAAUUCAUCUUUUUAUAUAAAUAUAGCUUGUGCCCAAAAAAGGUUCGGUCGCUCUACUAAGGAUUGUGUUGUUGAAUUUACUCAGCAUUAUGUGCCUUAUGUCAUUUGCUUUUAUUGUUGAAAUUAUAUUGUUUAAUUAAACGAAAUGGCAUCUGUUCAUCUAUAUUAUACCUGUUAUAUAGUAAUAUGGACAUAACAGUGAUAACCAGGUAGUUACUUUGUUGACUUUUUAUGUAAGUUGUAGGAAGUGACGUAUAUAACAUAAUGUAAAUACACUAUGUAUGUAACGUGUUAUUAGUUUAUGACAUACACGUUAAAGUUAACUGAUGUUGAAGAUUGUGUUCAUUGAAAAUUAUCAUAACUGUUGUUAUCUGCAUAUGAUACUAUGAAAAAUGCAGUAUUCUUUUAACAGAAUGCAAGUUUUUGUGACCAUGUAUAGCAUAACUACUUAUGUAUUAAAGAACAAAUAAAUAAAAACAUCAUUUUAAGUAAUUGAAUGAAGACUUUUAAAUGUCCUGCAAUAAAAUACAUAAAUAUGUAGAAAUGCAUGCGCAUGUGUUUGUGUAUAUAUAUAUGUAUGUAUGUAUGUAUGUAUGUAUGUAUAUUACACACACACACAAACUCUCAUGGAAUUUAAGAUGUUCUAUAUUAACUCAUUAUAAAGAAAAUAAUUCAUAUUGAGCUGAAACUGUCUAUAGAUAAUAACCUAUGAUGGUAUGCAGUCUGUGGAAAGUGAAUUACUUUUUUGCAUAUUGCAGAAAAUCAUAUAUUGUUAAUAAUAUUGUAUGAUGUAUACAUUUUGCAUGUUUAUAUUCUAUAUUAUAUAUGCAUCCAUAUUACAUACCAUCAUGGUAAUGGCAUCAACCACACAAAUUAGUACCUACCUAUAACCUACCUGAUAUAAUCUUAACAUCUUGUCAUUUUCAUUUAUUAUUUCAAUUGAUUCUAAAAUUAUUAUUUUAUUAAAUGAAAAGAGGUCUGGAUUACUUGUGUCUUUUCUGUAUAUAAUUUAUAUAUUGAAUGAACUUCAUGUGUCAAUGAUAAUUGUUGAAUAAAUUAAUUCUUUACAGUCCAUUAUAUACUUAUUUAAUUGACAAUUUUAUGAUUUCUAAUAUUAUUUUAUACUUGAAACUAUGUAUAUUUAUAUAAUAACAAGUUUGUGUUAAUUUUUACCAAAAAGUGCACAAUUUUAUAUUUUUCAAAAAAUUACCAAUUUUUUAAUCGGUUUUAAUUUUGAACUUGAAGUCUGUGAAAUACAGGCUUAUUGCCAGUAUUGAGUUAUAAUAGUAAUAUUAAAUUUAUUUUAUUAAUACUUUAAUUUAAAUUGUGAUGUUGUCAAUAUUAUUUAUUUUUUUUAAAUUAAAAUGUAUCAAUUAAACAUGUCUGCAUGAAAUUCACAUAUUUUUUUAAAAUGAAUAAAAUAAUCCUGUGUUUAGGGAGUUUUAUAUUAUUAAUAAAACCAAUUACACUGAUAGUGAAUGAUUAGAUAAUAAGUACUGUUAAUCUGAAAACUGAAAUGUAUGAGAACUAAUUAUAUGUAUAUAGGUAGGAUCUGCCAAUUAAAGAUCUUUAAAGGUAUGUGGUAUAAUUCAUUAAAAGAUGGCCCUGGUGCACUGUAUAGAAUUAAGCUUGGAGUAAAGCGAUGAUAUGUCUUCAAUUGCUUGAGCUUUUAUGGUUCUUUAGAGCAAAGAAAUAAGGAAAGACUUUACUAUAAAGCAGUGCUCUAUAAACGAUUGUGUGAUAUUUCAGUUAUGACACCAUUGUUGAAGUUAUAUAAUAUAUAAGAUUAUGUCUGUUAGACAUACUCUAAACGCCUUUUUUUUCUAAUUUCCUUUUUUAUAAGAAGGGGCAAGUUUAGGCCUAGGUCCACUGAUUUUUAGCAAUGGUAAUUAUUUAUUUUGUGCCUGUGUUAAUUGUAAUUAUUUUUAUGUGAUACUUUUUUUUUUUUACAUAAUUCAGUAUAUAAAUAUAUGUGUGUGUGUGUGUGUGUAUAUAUAUAUAAAUACACACACACACACACACACACACGCGCAUCUCUAAGAUUUACAUGUUUAUAGAUUUUAUUACUAUAAAAUGCCUUCAUAUCUGUAUAUUAUAUUUGUGAAGUAUAAAAUAUUUAAUAUGUCAUUAUAACAGAUAAAAUCUUUAGCAUUCCUAGGAUUUUAAAGAAGGCCUUUAAGGUUCGGAAAAAAAAAAUUAGAAAAAAAGGGAUCAGUUAUAUGUUAUAAGAAAAAGAAAAUGUAAAUCUUCUUCGCCUUUGGACCAUUACUGCCAGUAUUUAAUUUAAAUAUAGUAUAUUUUAAGAAAUAUUAAGACAACUGAAGUUACUUUUACAAGAAUAAGAAAUCAUGUGAUAGCAUUAAUAAAAGUUAAAAUAAUUAGCCUUUUUUGCUUUCAUUUUUUUCUCAAUCCUUUGAUAUAGGUAUCAGCCAACACUUAAGCACUUUUAUUAUACAUUCUAUAAAUUGCAUUCUCCUUUUUAAAUUUUUUGCCAUGAUUAUUUAAUAAUUUUUUAAUAAUACUCAGAAAAAUUAAUUUCUUACAUUUAAUACUUGAGUUUGUCUUAAUUUAAUUGAAGCUAUAUUUGUGAUAUUGGUAAUUAAUUAGUGGCCUUGAGUCUAAACCUGUCCCCUUCCAUUUCAUCCUGACAUAAACUUCAAGCUGAUAUAGAUAAUUUAAAUUUUAAGUUGGACUCAAAAAUUUAGAGUAUAUUGUUAAUUUAAUUAUAUAUUGUAAUAUGUACAAACAAAUAAAUUCGAAUAUUGGUUAAUCAUGUUUAUUUAUUUAUUUUCUCAGAAUAUAUUUGUACCUAUGUAACUCCACAUUUUCAUAUAUAUUACCACAUCUUCUGUUUUAUUUGUCAUCCAAUUCAUUAAAUCUUUCAGGAA